GACAUUCUGGUCAUCUUUAAGCCACCGGGGUGGGAGGUGGACCUACAGCCAGAAGAGCAGAGGAGCCAGGAGAAGGGGCGACUAUCAGAAUUCCUAUUGAGAAUGUAUCCACGGUGGGGGCCUUCUACUCUACUGAGCGAUGCUUCUAAGCAGCAUGGCUUCCUUCAUCGCUUGGACGUGCCCUCCUCGGGCUUGCUUCUGGCGGCUACAAACCACAGGGCGUACUAUGACCUGCAUUUUCAGAUGGCUACGGGUGCCUUGGUCCGAGACUAUGUGGUCAUGAGCCAUGGUUGGCUUUCGCCCAGGCGCCAUGAAAUCCAGGCUCCAGUCCACUGGUGGGAUUCUGCUGCUAUGGCAGAGGCUCCCAGCACCAUCUUGGCCUCCGGGCGUGCGUCGAAAAGCUUUUUGAAGGUCCUGGCGUACUUGGGUAAAAGUGGCCUGGCCCUAAGCUUCCUGGCCAUUCGCAUCGGCACCGGGCGGCGCCACCAAAUUCGAGCACAUGCUGCUCACACAGGGCAUGCACUUGUCACAGAUGGAAAAUAUUCAUCCAGCGCCGAGUAUGCCGAAAGCUGCCCAUGGUGUUCGCGCAACUUCCUGCACCGCUACCAGCUUUGCUUCGAAGACUUGCAUGGUAUUCAAGUGCAGGCAGCUGAGAUACUUCCCUCCGACCUAACGGCAGCAGUCACCCAGACAACCGUCAUGAGAUCCGCGAUGGACUUGCAAUCCUG